AUGCUGUUACAAGGAAUAUUCGAGGAGUAUUUCACUUAUCCGGCCUCUGGAGUGCAGCCCCCAAAGGAAAUAGACUACUCCGAGUGCGAUAUCUACAACAUGAUCUAUUACGAAGCUUUUAAUCUGAACCUAUGCUGGAGUCCUUACAAGAUCACCCAAACAUGCCUACUCUUAUGGGAUGUCCUGGGCUUCCCCAUAGACCUUGCCUGUCAGCCGGGUCCCGCAACCUAUUGCAACCGCACUGAUGUGAAGAUGGCUCUGCAUGUUCCUCAAGAUAUCGACUGGGAGCUCUGUAGCGUUGACAGUGUAUUCCACUUCCUGCUGCGACUGAUUGAAGCGAACAACCGAGUUCUGAUCUCGAACGGAGAUUGGGACUAUCUGAUCAUAACGAAUGGAACGUUGCUGGCGAUCCAGAAUAUGAGCUGGAAUGGCGAGCUAGGCUUCCAGACUCGUCUUACCACUCCCAUUAAUAUCGACAUGCCCGACUUACAAUACGCUGCGGUCUUUGAUGCCCAAGAGGGAUAUGGCGAUUUCGAUGGCCCGCAGGGGUUGAUGGGGGUUCAACUCUAUGAACAUGGUCUGAUUCGUGGAAACGUUCCAAGCGGGCACCGACUGCCCCAGGAUGAAGGUCGAAUGGCUUAUCCUCAUGUCUAG